GUUGAGGAGGGUUGGAGCACAGACAAAAUGGUGACCAUUCCUGAGUACUAUGAGGGGAAGAAUGUGCUGAUCACAGGGGCCACAGGCUUUAUGGGAAAAGUCCUGCUGGAGAAGCUGCUGCGGUCCUGCCCUGGAGUCAAGGCCGUGUACGUCCUGGUCCGGCCCAAAGCGGGACACGCUCCCCAGGCCCGCAUCGCAGACAUGAUCAACUGCAAGGUGAGAAGAGCUGGAGAAGGGGAAUGUUAUAGGGGGGCAGCUUAAAUGGGAUCUCUGUAGGCUGUGUGGGGUGACGCAUCAUAAGUUCUUGACUGCUUGUUACGGAGACUUCGUAGUUCCACAGCCCACACUCUCCAUACUGUCUUUACAAUUGGGCUGUGGCAGACCAUGAUGUAGGCUAGCCUAAGUCUUACUAAUGGGAUUGCUUUCUUGAAGUGCUUUCAAACUAAAACGCAUCCCUCCAUCAACACAUUGCUUUCAUUAAAAAAACAUUGAGUAGGCUAAUUUUGAUUUAUUGGCUGUGAAAGUGGCAUGAAGGAGUAUUACAAUUGUAUUUGUUUUUCAGCUUUUUGACAGGUUACGAGAUGAACAGCCAGACUUUGCUGAGAAGAUAGUGGCUGUGAACAGUGACCUCACACUGCCAGAACUGGACCUGAGCAAAGAGGACCAGGAAACGCUUGCUGACUGCAUCAACAUAGUCUUCCACUGUGCUGCAACCAUCCGAUUCAACGAGCCUCUAAAGUGAGCCAUUGUUUCUCUCCUGAUACUGAUUCUGCUCCCCAGAUCGUUGUUUCACUUCUGCUCCCAGAACCUUGCUGGACAGUGCUGCACACACACACACAACCUGCAUUCGGAAAGUAUUGACCCCUUGACUUUUUCCACGUUUUGUUACGUUACAGCUUUAUUCUAAAAUAGAUUAAAUUAAUUGUACUUCUCAUCAAUCUACACAUAAUACCCCACAAUGACAAAGCGAAAAUAGGUUUUUAGAAAUUUUUGCAAAUGUAUUAAUAAUAAAAAAAACAAUACCUUAUUUACAUAACUAUUCAGUCCCUUUUGCUAUGAGACUCAAAGUUGAGCUCAGGUGCAUCCUGUUUCCAUUGAUCAUCCUUGAGAUGUUUCUUCAACUUGAUUGGAGUCCACCUGUGGUAAAUUCAAUUGAUUGGGCAUAAUUUGGAAAGGCACACACCUGUCUAUAUAAGGUCCCACAGUUGACAGUGCAUGUCAGAGCGAAACUCAAGCCAUGAGGUCGAAGGAAUUGUCCGUAGAGCUUCCGAGACAGGAUUGUGUCGAGGCACAGAUCUGGGGAAGGGUACCAAAAUGUUUCUGCAGCAUUGAAGGUCCCCAAGAACACUGUGGCCUCCAUCAUUCUUAAAUGGAAGAAGUUUGGAACCACCAAGACUCUUACUAGAGCUGGCCGCACGCUCAAACUGAGCAAUCGGGGGAGAAGGGCCUCAGACUGGGGCGAAGGUUCACCUUCCAACAGGACAACGAUCCUAAGCACACAGCCAAUACAAUGCAGGAGUGGCUUUGGGACAAGUCUCAGAAUGUCCUUGAGUGGCCCUGACUUGAACCCGAUCGAACAUCUCUGGAGAGACCUGAAAAUAGCUGUGCAGCGACGCUCCCCAUCCAACCUGACAGAGCUUGAGAGGAUCUGCAGAGAAGAAGGGGAGAAACUCCCCAAAUACAGGCGUGCCAAGCUUGUAGCGGCAUACCCAAGAAGACUCGAGGCUGUAAUCUCUGCCAAAGGUGCUUCAACAAAGUACUGAGUAAAGGGUCUGAAUACUUACGUAAAUGUGAUAUUUCCGUUUUUAAAUACAUUUGCAAGAUUUUCUAAAAACCUGUUUUUGCUUUGUCAUUAUGGGGUAUUGUGUAUAGAUUGAGAGGGGGGAAAAACAACAAUUUAAUACAUUUUAGAAUAAGGCUGUAACGUAACAAAAUGUGGAAAAAGUCAAGGGGUCUGAAUACUUUCCGAAUGCGCACAUACAUACAUACAUACAUACAUACAUACAUACAUACAUACAUACAUACAUACAUACAUACAUACAUACAUUACCAGUCAAAAGUUUGGACACCUACUCAUUCAAGGGUUUUGAUUUAUUUUCACUAUUUUCUACAUCAUAACUAUGAAAUAACACAUAUGGAAUCAUGUAGUAACCAAAAAAGUUUUUUAAAAAAUCAAAUUAUAUUUGAGGUUCUUCAAAGUAGCCACCCUUUGCCUUGAUGACAGCUUUGCACACUCUUGGCAUUCUCUCAACCAGCUUCACCUGGAAUGCUUUUCCAACAGUCUUGAAGGAGUUCCCACAUGUGCUGAGCACUUGUUGGCUGCUUUUCCUUCACUCUGCGGUCCAACUCAUCCCAAACCAGCUCAAUUGGGUUGAGGUUGGGUGAUUGUGAAGGCCAGGUCAUCUGAUCCAGCACUCCAUAUCUCUCCUUCUUGGUAAAAUAGCCCUUACACAGCCUGGAGGUGUGUUUGGUCAUUGUCCUGUUAAAAAACAAAUGAUAGUCCCACUAAGCGCAAACCAGAUGGGAUGGCGUAUCGCUGCAGAAUGCUGUGGUAGCCAUGCUGGUUAAGUGUACCUUUGAAUUCUAAAUAAAUCAGACAGUGUCACCAGCAAAGCACCCCCACACCAUCACACCUCCUCCAUGCUUCACAGUGGGAACCACACAUGCGGAGAUCAUCCGUUCACCUACUCUGCGUGUCACAAAGAUACAGCGGUUGGAACCAAAAAUCUGAAUCAUCAGACCAAAGGACAGAUUUCCACUGGUGUAAUGUUCAUUGCUCGUGUUUCUUGGCCCAAGCAAGUCUCUUCUUAUUGGUGGCCUUUCAUAGUGGUUUCUUUGCAGCAAUUCGACCAUGAAGGCCUGAUUCACGCAGUUGAUGUUGAGAUGUGUCUGUUACUUGAACUCUGUGAAGCAUUUAUUUGGGCUGCAAUUUCGAAGGCUAGUAACUCUAAUGAACUUAUCCUCUGCAGCAAAGGUAACUCUGGGUCUUCCUUUCCUGUGUCGGUCCUCAUGAGAGCCAGAUUCAUCAUAGCGCUUGAUGGUUUUUGCGACUGCACUUGAAGAAACUUUCAAAGUUCUUGAAAUGUUCCAUAUUGUCUGACCUUCAUGUCUUAAAGUAAUGAUGGACUGUCGUUUCUCUUUGCUUAUUUGAGCUGUUCUUGCCAUAAUAUGGACUUAGCCUUAUUUGGUAAAAUACCAUCUUCUGUAUACCACCCCUACCUUGUCACAACACAACUGAUUGGCUCAAACACAUUAAGAAUUAAAUAAAUUCCACAAAUUAACUUUUAACAAGGCACACCUGUUAAUUGAAAUGCAUUCCAGGUGACUACCUCAAGAAGCUAGUUGAGAGAAUGCCAAGUGUGCACAUGCAGCUAACAAAAACAUAUGGAAAUAUCUGAUCUACUGAAAUUACAACCAAAUAAUUGCAGCAUUACCACAAAAAUGGAAGGGGGAAAAGGUAAGGAACUUGUCUGUCGGCCCUGCAUUAAAGAACAUAAUUUGUUAAAGAAAAUUGUGAUAAAUAAAAAAGUAUACCAGUUUCGUUUAAGGACCAAAGGAUUGACAGCUGUCCCAUAUAGAUUGCAAAAUAGUUGGGAAGAGAUUUUUGACUCACCGAUUCCAUGGCAUGGUGUUUAUGAACUGAUACGCAAAACGACGCCGGAUUCAAAACUUAUAAUGAUUUUAAUUGAAAAAUUAUAUCAAAGUUUUGCUACCAAUAGAAUGUAUCCCCCAUAUAAAUAACAAUCUUCCCAGCUCUGCAGAUUUUGCUGCGAAGAGACGAUCAUUGUUUUGGUACUGUCCAUUUGUAGCUUGUUUUUGAUCACAGGUCCAGGAAUGGCUGAAGGAUUGCAAUAUUUACCUGGAGCUAACCCUGCAGAUAGCACUACUGGGUGAUCUGAAAAGUCAUAGUAAAUCGAUCAAUAAUGUAAUAAUACUUUUAGCAAUAAUGUUUAUUUUCAAUUUACAAUUGGUAGAAACAAUGAAAAAUAGAAAGGUUCAGAACUUUUGUGAAACAUCACAGUACAGUUGAAAAAUAUAUGGCAAAUAGAAAUCCAAUAUGGAUGGUGUUAAGAGAUAGAUGGGUGGUGUUGAAUGGAGCUGAAGGAUGGGACUAAUAACAACAAGAUAACUAUUGUAAAGCAUGCUGUGUCCAUAAUAAGUAUAUACAGUGGGGAAACAGUGGGAAGCAUGCUGUGUCCAUAAUGCGUAUAUAGGUUGUAGGUUGGGAGCUUUUGUGAAAGAGCACAGUUAGAAAGAUAUGGCAUAUACAGUGGGGGAAAAAAGUAUUUAGUCAGCCACCAAUUGUGCAAGUUCUCCCACUUAAAAAGAUGAGAGAGGCCUGUAAUUUCCAUCAUAGGUACACGUCAACUAUGACAGACAAAUUGAGGAAAAAAAAUCCAGAAAAUCUCAUUGUAGGAUUUUUAAUGAAUUUAUUUACAAAUUAUGGUGGAAAAUAUGUAUUUGGUCACCUACAAACAAGCAAGAUUUCUGGCUCUCACAGACCUGUAACUUCUUCUUUAAGAGGCUCCUCUGUCCUCCACUCGUUACCUGUAUUAAUGGCACCUGUUUGAACUUGUUAUCAGUAUAAAAGACACCUGUCCACAACCUCAAACAGUCACACUCCAAACUCCACUAUGGCCAAGACCAAAGAGCUGUCAAAGGACACCAGAAACAACAUUGUAGACCUGCACCAGGCUGGGAAGACUGAAUCUGCAAUAGGUAAGCAGCUUGGUUUGAAGAAAUCAACUGUGGGAGCAAUUAUUAGGAAAUGGAAGACAUACAAGACCACUGAUAAUCUCCCUCGAUCUGGGGCUCCACGCAAGAUCUCACCCCGUGGGGUCAAAAUGAUCACAAGAACGGUGAGCAAAAAUCCCAGAACCACACGGGGGGACCUAGUGAAUGACCUGCAGAGAGCUGGAACCAAAGUAACAAAGCCUACCAUCAGUAACACACUACGCCGCCAGGGACUCAAAUCCUGCAGUGCCAGACGUGUCCCCCUGCUUAAGCCAGUACAUGUCCAGGCCUGUCUGAAGUUUGCUAGAGUGCAUUUGGAUGAUCCAGAAGAGGAUUGGGAGAAUGUCAUAUGGUCAGAUGAAACCAAAAUAUAACUUUGGUAAAAACUCAACUCGUCGUGUUUGGAGGACAAAGAAUGCUGAGUUGCAUCCAAAGAACACCAUACCUACUGUGAAGCAUGGGGGUGGAAACAUCAUGCUUUGGGGCUGUUUUUCUGCAAAGGGACCAGGAUGACUGAUCCGUGUAAAGGAAAGAAUUAAUGGGGCCAUGUAUCGUGAGAUUUUGAGUGAAAACCUCCUUCCAUCAGCAAGGGCAUUGAAGAUGAAACGUGGCUGGGUCUUUCAGCAUGACAAUGAUCCCAAACACACUGCCCGGGCAACGAAGGAGUGGCUUCGUAAGAAGCAUUUCAAGGUCCUGGAGUGGCCUAGCCAGUCUCCAGAUCUCAACCCCAUAGAAAAUCUUUGGAGGGAGUUGAAAGUCCGUGUUGCCCAGCGACAGCCCCAAAACAUCACUGCUCUAGAGGAGAUCUGCAUGGAGGAAUGGGCCAAAAUACCAGGAACAGUGUGUGAAAACCUUGUGAAGACUUACAGAAAACAUUUGACCUGUGUCAUUGCCAACAAAGGGUAUAUAACAAAGUAUUGAGAAACUUUUGUUAUUGACCAAAUACUUAUUUUCCACCAUAAUUUGCAAAUAAAUUCAUUAAAAAUCCUACAAUGUGAUUUUCUGGAUAUUUUUUCCUCAUUUUGUCUGUAAUAGUUGACGUGUACCUAUGAUGAAAAUUACAGGCCUCUCUCAUCUUUUUAAGUGGGAGAACUUGCACAAUUGGUGGCUGACUAAAUACUUUUUUUUCCCCACUGUAGGUUGAGAGCUUUUGUGAAAGAGCACAGUUGGAAAGAUAUGGCAUAUAGAAGCAAACCGGAUGGACAUCAUGAAAAUGAUCGGAGAGGUUGAGGGUAGAGGAAGUUCAGGAGUAAAAACAAACAAAAUGGAAUUGUUGUAAAUAAAAUGUAUAUAGUGUGUGUGUAUAUAUAAGCUGGAGGUAGAGGCCUAAGAGUUGUUGUUCACUAGUUUACUCCAAUUAGGGAAGGGGUGCUGGGGUUGGAAAGUAAUAAAGGGAAAUAUAUUGUUAAAAAGUGUUUUUGUGUGUACAGUUGAAGUCGGAAGUUUGCAUACACCUUAGCCAAAUACAUUUAAACUCAGUUUUUCACAAUUCCUGACAUUUAAUCCUAGUAAAAAUUCCCUGUCUUAGGUCAGUUAGGAUCACCACUUUAUUUGAAGAAUGUGAAAUGUCAGAAUAAUUAUUUUAUUUCAGCUUUUAUUUCUUUCAUCACAUUCCCAGUGGGUCAGAAGUUUACAUACACUCCAAUUAGUAUUUGGUAGCAUUGCCUUUAAAUUGUUUAACUUGGGUCAAACGUUUCGGGUAGCCUUCCACAGGCUUCCCACAAUAAGUUGGGUGAAUUUUGUCCCAUUCCUCCUGACAGAGCUGGUGUAACUGAGUCAGGUUUGUAGGCCUCCUUGCUCGCACACGCUUUUUCAGUUCUGCCCACACAUUUUCUAUAGGAUUGAGGUCAGGGCUUUGUGAUGGCCACUCCAAUACCUUGACUUUGUUGUCCUUAAGCCAUUUUGCCACAACGUUGGAAGUAUGCUUGGGGUCAUUGUCCAUUUGGAAGAACCAUUUGCGACCAAGCUUUAACUUCCUGACUGAUGUUUUGAGAUGUUGCUUCAAUAUAUCCACAUCAUUUUCCUUCCUCAUGAUGCCAUCUAUUUUGUGAAGUGCACCAGUCCCUCCUGUAGCUAAGCACCCCCACAGCAUGAUGCUGCCACCCCUGUGCUUCACGUUUGGGAUGGUGUUCUUCGGCUUGCAAGCGCCCCCCUUUUCCUCCAAACAUAACAAUGGUCAUUAUGGCCAAACAGUUCUAUUUUUGUUUCAUCAGACCAGAGGACAUUUCUCCAAAAAGUACGAUCUUUGUCCCCAUGUGCUGUUGCAAACCAUAGUUUGGCUUUUUUAUGGCAGUUUUGGAGCAGUGGCUUCAUCCUUGCUGAGCGGCCUUUCAGGUUAUGUCGAUUAUAGGACUCGUUUUACUGUGGAUAUACACUGCUCUAAAAAAUAAAGGGAACACUUAAACAACACAAUGUAACUCCAAGUCAAUCACACUUCUGUGAAAUCAAUCUGUCCACUUAGGAAGCAACACUGAUUGACAAUGAAUGUCACAUGCUGUUGUGCAAAUGGAAUAGACAACAGGUGGAAAUUAUAGGCAAUUAGCAAGACACCCCCAAUAAAGGAAUGGUUCUGCAGGUGGUGACCACAGACCACUUCUCAGUUCCUAUGCUUCCUGGCUGAUGUUUUGGUCACUUUUGAAUGCUGGCAGUGCUUUCACUCUAGUGAUAGCAUGAGACGGAGUCUACAACCCACACAAGUGGCUCAGGUAGUGCAGCUCAUCCAGGAUGGCACAUCAAUGCGAGCUGUGGCAAUAAGGUUUGCUGUGUCUGUCAGCGUAGUGUCCAGAGCAUGGAGGCGCUACCAGGAGACAGGCCAGUACAUCAGGAGACGUGGAGGAGGCCGUAGGAGGGCAACAACCCAGCAGCAGGACCGCUACCUCCGCCUUUGUGCAAGGAGGAGCAGGAGGAGCACUGCCAGAGCCCUGCAAAAUGACCUCCAGCAGGCUACAAAUGUGCAUGUGUCUGCUCAAACGGUCAGAAACAGACUCCAUGAGGGUGGUAUGAGGGCCCGACGUCCACAGCCCGACGCUUACAGCCCAUCACCGUGCAGGACGUUUGGCAUUUGCCAGAGAACACCAAGAUUGGCAAAUUCGCCACUGGCGCCCUGUGCUCUUCACAGAUGAAAGCAGGUUCACACUGAGCACGUGUGACAGACGUGACAGAGUCUGGAGACGCCGUGGAGAACGUUCUGCUGCCUGCAACAUCCUCCAGCAUGACCAAUUUGGCGGUGGGUCAGUCAUGGUGUGGGGUGGCAUUUCUUUGGGGGGCCGCACAGCCCUCCAUGUGCUCGCCAGAGGUAGCCUGACUGCCAUUAGGUACCGAGAUGAGAUCCUCAGACCCCUUGUGAGACCAUAUGCUGGUGCGGUUGGCCCUGGGUUCCUCCUAAUGCAAGACAAUGCUAGACCUCAUGUGGCUGGAGUGUGUCAGCAGUUCCUGCAAGAGGAAGGCAUUGAUGCUAUGGACUGGCCCGCCCGUUCCCCAGACCUGAAUCCAAUUGAGCACAUCUGGUCUCGCUCCAUCCACCAACGCCACGUUGCACCACAGACUGUCCAGGAGUUGGCGGAUGCUUUAGUCCAGGUCUGGGAGGAGAUCCCUCAGGAGACCAUCCGCCACCUCAUCAGGAGCAUGCCCAGGCGUUGUAGGGAGGUCAUACAGGCACGUGGAGGCCACACACACUACUGAGCCUCAUUUUGACUUGUUUUAAGGACAUUACAUCAAAGUUGGAUCAGCCUGUAGUGUGGUUUUCCACUUUAAUUUUGAGGGUGACUCCAAAUCCAGACCUCCGUGGGUUGAUAAAUUUGAUUUCCAUUGAUAAUUUUUGUGUGAUUUUUGUUGUCAGCACAUUCAACUAUGUAAAGAAAAAAGUAUUUAAUAAGAUUAUUUCAUUCAGAUCUAGGAUGUGUUAUUUUAGUGUUCCCUUUAUUUUUUUGAGCAGUGUAGAUACUUUUGUACCGGUUUCCUCCAGCAUCUUCACAAGGUCCUUUGCUGUUGUUCUGGGAUUGAUUUGCACUUUUCGCACCAAAAUACGUUCAUCUCUAGGAGACAGAACGCGUCUCCUUCCUGAGCGGUAUGAUGGCUGCGUGGUCCCAUGUUGUUUAUACUUGCGUACUAUUGUUUGUACAGAUGAACGUGGUACCUUCAGGCGUUUGGAAAUUGCUCCCAUGGAUGAACCAGACUUGUGGAGGUCUACAAUUGUUUUUCUGAGGUCUUGGCUGAUUUCUUUUGAUUUUCCCAUGAUGUCAAGCAAAGAGGCACUGCGUUUGAAGGUAGGCCUUGAAAUACAUCCAAAGAUACACCUACAAUUGACACACAUUAUGUCCUCUGUAGCUGUAUGGGUGGUCCUCUGUAGCUCAGCUGGUAGAGCACGGCGCUUGUAACGCCAAGGUAGUGGGUUCGAUCCCCGGGACCACCCAUACACAAAAAAAUAAAAAUAAAAUAAUAAUAUGUAAGCACGCAUGACUGUAAGUCGCUUUGGAUAAAAGCGUCUGCUAAAUGGCAUAUUAUAUUAUUAUUAUAUUAUUAUAUAAUUAGCCUAUCAGAAGCUUCUAAAGCCAUGUCAUCAUUUUCUGGAAUUUUCCAAGCUGUUUAAAGGCACAGUCAACUUAGUGUAUGUAAACUUCUGACCCACUGGAAUUGUGAUUAAGUGAAAUAAUCUGUCUGUAAACAAUUGUUGAAAAAUGACUUGUGUCAUGCAUAAAGUAGAUGUCCUAACCGACUUGCCAAAACUAUAGUUUGUUAACAAGAAAUUUGUGGAGUGGUUGAAAAUCAAGUUUUAAUGACUACAACCUAAGUGUAUGUAAACCUCCGACUUCAACUGUAUAUAUGCGAGGAAAAAAAACAUAUGGGGGACAGGAAGUGAUGCAGACAAUUGCAUUGAUGGAAGUUACAAUCUAUCUGCAAUAUUAAAGCUGAUCUACCCCCAAAAAAUAAAAGUUUUGCACAAUCAUCAAGGCAAAGGGUGGCUACUUUGAAGAGUCUCAAAUAUAAAAUAUGUUUUGAUUUGUUUAACACUUUUUUUGGUUACUACAUGAUUCCAUAUGUGCUAUUUCAUAGUUUAGAUGUUUUCACUAUUAUUCUACAAUGUAGAAAAUAGUCAAAAUAAAGAAACCCUUGAAUGAGGAGGUGUCCAAAUGUGUGUGUGUGUGUGUGUGUGUGUGUGUGUGUGUGUGUUACCAGUCAAAAGUUUGGACACCUACUCAGAAAAGAGAAACGACAGUCUAUCAUUACUUUAAGACAUGAAGGUCAGUCAAUACGGAACAUUUCAAGAACUUUGAAAGAUUCUUCAAGUGCAGUCGCAAAAACCAUCAAGUGCUAUUAUGAAUCUGGCUCUCAUGAGGACCACCACAGGAAUGGAAGACCCAGAGUUACCUCUGCUGCAGAGGAUAAGUUCAUUAGAGUUACUAGCCUCAGAAAUUGCAGCCCAAAUAAAUGUUUCACAGAGUUCAAGUCACAGACACAUCUCAACAUCAACUGUUCAGAUGGGACUGUGUUAAUCAGGCCUUCAUGGUCGAAUUGCUGCAAAGAAACCACUACUAAAGGACACCAAUAAGAAAAAGAGACCUGCUUGGGCCAAGAAACACGAGCAAUGGAUGUUAGACCGGUGGAAAUGUGUCCUUUUGGUCUGGAGUCCAAAUUUGAGAUGUUUUGGUUCCAACUGCCGUGUCUUUGUGAGAUGUGGUGUGGGUGAACGGAUGAUCUCUGCAUGUGUAGUUCCCACCGCAAAGCAUGGAGAAGGAGGAGGUGUUAUGGUGUGGGGGUGCUUUGCUGGCGACACUGUCUGUGGUUUAUUUAGAAUUCAAGGCACACGAGUUCUAAAACUUUUGACCGUUAGUGUAUAUCGUUUCUGUAAUUAUGUUUUGUAAAAUGUGUCUUUGUUCUCCUUCUUUCAGAGAUGCUAUGCUGCUGAAUGUUCUAGCCACCCAGAAGAUGGUGGCUCUGGCCCACAGAAUGAAGCACUUGGAGGUGUUCCUCCACGUGUCCACAGCCUACGCCAACUGUGACCGAACACUCAUUGAGGAAGUGGUUUACCCAACUCCUGUUGACUACAAGAAGCUCAUCGACAGCCUAGAGUGAGAAAAGUUAUUUGCAGAUUGUAAGAGACGGAAGCCAAGAGUUUAGUAAUUUACAACUUGCCGUGUUUGACUGAGAGGAAAUGGAAAUCAUAGAUAAGUAUAUUCUUUGCAUCCUGUGGAUUAGUUUGUAGUGGCUAAUGCACAAGCUUGGUAGCUAUCCCUUGAGGGUCUCUCAAUAUGUCACUGCAUGGACUGAAACUGUGUGCCAACACAGGGAAGGUCUCUGAUUUUAACCUUUAUGGAGUUUGGUUACUUAUUGAGUGGCACUCACUCAUUUGUGGUAGGGCAAUUGCAACUGUUAACAGGACAUUUGCUUUACUCUAAAUGUUAGGUGUGGCCUCUGACUGCUCUUGCAGGUGGUGCAAUAUGUCACACAUGCACAACAUGGUCACCAGUUGUGUGAAAGUCAGUGUUCUGUUCAUGUAGGAAUGUUUCCACCCCUAAGUAUUACAGUAGGCGUUUGCUAAUUUCUUCAGAGACAUACAUGUAUGUGUGUGGGGGAAAGAGAAUUUCAGAAAUUUUAUUUGGUUUGUGGUCUUGGGAAUAUAUAUUUGUAUUUGAGCAAUAUGGCAGAUAAUUGACCUUUUUUUUUUGUGGCUCUGUCUUCAAUGUUUUCACGUUGGUUAGGUGGAUGGAUGAGAAGCUGGUCUCGGCGAUGACCCCAGGGCUGAUUGGAAAAAGGCCCAACACGUACACCUACACCAAGGCCAUGGCUGAGUACCUGGUCCAGCAGGAGUGUGGAAACCUCAACGUGGCUAUAAUCAGGCCCUCUAUAGUAGGGGCCAGUUGGAAAGAGCCAUUCCCAGUGAGUCUUCUCAUGUACUGAGCCGGCUGUCUUCUAAACUGUAGCUAUACUGUAACUGACCUUGGUCAAUUCUGCAUGCUGUUCAUAACAUGUUUUUUCACUCUUAGGGUUGGAUUGAUAAUUUCAAUGGACCUAGUUGGAAAUUAAAUUCAUGUGCAGUAAGUACCAUUUCCUUUAGAAAAACAGUGAAGUGUUCGUCAAUAUGUAAACACGCUCAGGAGACAGCAUAAUGUGCAUAAUGACCAAUUUUCCAAAAAGUGUGGGUUACUGGUGAUUUAAACUGAGAGGAAACACCUUUCCCAUCAUUUGGGUAAUGAACACCGUAGCACUUCUCUCGCCCUGAUUCUUAUAGGCAGGAAAGGGCAUCUGCUGCACCAUGAGAGCGUUCCAAUCCAGAGACACCCGGGUGGCUGACCUGGUGCUGUGGGACGUGGGUCAUCAAUACCCACAACUGGCUGCUGCUAGGUGACUCUGGUACUCGGCUCCCAGAGACACACCAGGUCAGUCUCCCACACACUGCUGCUGCCCUCUGUAGAGCUGGACGAAGAAUGGGAUUGUGAAAUGCAAAUAUUCUUUCAGGUUUCUAUGGAAGGCAUUUUAUUUUGUUCCCUUUUGUCCCCGCAGGCCUAAGAGCAUAUUGGUGUACAAUUGCACGACAGGCAGCAUCAACCCGUUCCACUGGGGUGAAGUUGGUAUGAAACACUCAUAUCUUAUCCAAAUACACUCUUGCUGGAUUUGUUCUCGGAUGCUCCAACAAAGCCGAAUGAUAAAUAAUGAUUAUCAGUCAUACUCUUGAGGGCCCACUCUUGUCACUGUAGUGAAUGUGAGUAGGUUUUGGUUUACUCAAACCCUCAUUGGAGUGUUAGUCACCUCCCUGUAAAUGACCUCUCCUGGAUUUGUGUACAGUUUAGUCAUUUAGCACGCACUCUAAUUCAGAGUGACUUACAGUAAUGAGUGCGUACAUUUUCAUACUUUCUCGUACUGGUCCCUCUUGGUAAUCAAACCGACAACCCUGGCGUUGCAAGCACCAUGUUAUACCAACUGAGCCACACAGGAUCCUGUGUACAUAGUCUCUGAAUGCUAGCCAUCUGAGAAAGAUCAACAUUGUGGCAGGCUUAAAGGCAAUAGGUAAACUAUAUAACAUGACUGGUAUUCUUGAAAUGAAAAACUGUUCCAGUCUUAGUACAAUAUUUGUUUAGUGCAUUAAAGACUGAUGACAUUUUCAAAGUGGCAGUUGUAUAGUUCCCUUUAAGCUGUUAACCUGGUGGGUUUGUUGUAGUAAAUGUCAUAUAUUGUAAGUCAAUAUAUUUGUUACUCAUUUACCAUAGAUUUGUAUGCUUUUAAAAUAUUUCAGGUGAAAUCACUUUGUUGUUAACAUAGGCUUACUUUGAAGUCCAGAUUUGUGCUGUUGUUUUGUAAUAUCCCUAGUCUCCUGCAAUAACUUGUAUGGUUAAAAAUAAUAAUUGUUAAAAGCACUUCAAAAGGUAUUUUGUCUAAACCAAACAUUUGGCUUUGUUGCUGCUUGUCGUACGCUUGCUGCUUCGAUUGUUCUUUUCACUUUGGAGAAAUGAGUGGUUGUGCCAACAUUCCCCCUGUUGAACCCCCUACCUUUUGUCUCUUAGAGUACCAUGUAAUAUCCACUUUCAAGAGGAACCCCCUCGAGCAGGCCUUCAGACGGCCCAAUGUAAAUCUCACAACCAAUCACCUUAUCAAUCAGUACUGGAUCGCUGUAAGCCACAAGGCACCAGCCUUCCUUUAUGAUCUCUGCCUCAGGAUGACGGGAAGAGAGCCCAGGUAAAUAACACCCCGCUCGGUCAUACUCCAUCUCCCUCCGCAUUCUUACUCAGUGUAGCCCAAUGUACUGAACCUGCACCAGCGAUGUUAUGCUUCUGUCCAGUGUCUGGGGGGGGGGGUGUAAGGCUAAGGGUGCAUAAGCCACCCAUAUACCUUUUAGAGAUGGGUUCUGCACUCUUAGCCCUCUGUGUUACCUCAACGUGUCCUGGCAUUGAAUGUCCUUCCUCCUGUGAUGUCAUAUUCUCUCUGCAGAGUACUGUAUAAACAUGACCUUCAAGACCAACCCCUUAGAGCAGGCUUUCAGGUGCCCCGAUGUUAACCUGCGGUCCAACUCCUUUACCAAUCAGUACUGGACCACAGUGAGUCACACACUUCCCACCCUGCUGAAUGACGGGUAUCUCAGGGCCACGGGUCAGAAGCCCCAGUAAGGUCUACUACAGUGCCCGUGCCCUCUCAACCCCCUCUCCCCUCCACCACUGGGUGCAGGUUGUGUGGCAUGGUGGGUGGGGGGAAGCAACGCCCUGACGUUUGCUCAACUUCAUGGCAUCGGAGUUCGCUGGCUGCUAACCUGCUACCGUGUCAUCAUGACAAGCAUGGGUUCCUGUCCAAAGCAUGCUUCAGGAACGUUUUAUUUAAAUAAUUUAUUUUGUCACACUUUUUGUUUGACCCUUUUUGCCUGGUACUGCAUUUGUCAUUUUUUUAUGCAGUUGAACCAUUUGGCUCUGAUCAGAUGUGAAACUUGUCCAUUCACUUUUACUUUUGUGGAAUAUUUUUUGUGGAAUAUUUUUUUGGGGGUUACAUUUUUGUUUUUCUUAGGCAUGCCAUUAAGUCUUCUGAAGUAACCUGGGAGUGAUCUGUCCUCAUCCUCGUCCUCCUCCACUCUUCAACCUUAUCUCUCAAACAGAGGCACCAGGGAACUAGUUUAGACUAAUACCAUGUACCAAACACUUGUCCUUUAUUCAUUGACCCAUCAACACUUCUAUUCUUGGUAGCCCUAUUCCUAGGCUUAAUGAAGCACGUUGUGGGACAAAUGGAAUGCGCUGGCAGUAAUUGACAAUCUUACAAGCCAAUGGAACUUGACCCUGUAAAUGUAUCAGUGAGUCAUUGGGUGGACCUACUUAAUCCCCACCUAUUGUUUCAUUAAACAUCUAGGUCAUGGUUCAGUCUAACCAAGUGUUUGGUACCCGAUGUUUACAGUAUUGGUCCCCACAAGUUGAUCGUAAACCAGAAACAUUUCAGCAAUGAUAAACAUUUGUUAACACUUUUGAAAAUUAUUUGACAAUUUGUCUGUCUGAAAUGCAUUUGGUUUAGUAUACAACAUAUUCGAAGGGUGUUGUUAAUAGAUGGGGUUCCCACUCACUGAAAAAGGUAAUACGUCAAUGUUUGACUUUUUAAAUGGUCCACCAUGCAUGUUUUGUCAGCUUCCUCUUGGUGCACAAUGUAUCAUGGAGGGACUCUGAGCUCUGACUACAUUUUACAUUUUAGUCAUUUAACAGACGCUCUUAUCCAGAGCGACUUACAGUUAGUGAGUACAUACAUUUUCGUACUGCCUAGAAUACUAGUAUGCUUACACUCUUAUCAGUGUUAUAUUCGUAUAUUAUAGAUUGCUGGAUUCAUGCCGUUCUUUAUUUAAAGAUGCACUAUGCAGAAAUCGCUCCGCCAUUUCCUGGUUGCUAACAAUAGUUUGCCUAAUUUCAGUUUGUGACAAAACAAGCAAGUAUAGUGUAGAGAAUCAUUGUACAAUCUAAACCGCUGUGAAAUAAUACAUUUUCCAUAACCAAUAAUAUUGUAUUUUCAGCUGUUUGAAGCUAGUGUACCAAACCAAAAGUAAGACGCAAAAAUGAAACUUAAAUACGGGAAGCAUAGAAAUAGUGCACAUAGAACAGAACUACAGCUUCUUAGACUUGCUUUCAAUGAAAAUGACAGAUUUAUAACCCAAAUGUCUAUGUAAAUUUGGUCGGGUAGCCCAAAACCGUACAUAUUGCAGCUUUAAAGCUGUGAAAGUGUGCAGGGGUCAGAUGUUUGAAAAUCUGAAGCGAUGACAUACCCUUACGUUUUAUUCUGAUAUUUGUACAAAUUUUGCUCAGAGGUCACCUUUUCCUUGUACAAAAAGACCAAUAAGUUAUUUUCAUCCUUUGUUCCAUUUUGGCCAUUGUUUGCUUAACAGUUAGCUGGAGUUAGUUUCAAUGUCAGUCAAGGGGAGGAUUUAGUAUAUUUUUUAAUCUAGUCCAGGGGAGGGUCAUGCAAUUGAUGAAAUUUCAAUAUUUCUCAGUGUUUUAGAAUUGGUAGCUUAUGAGGCUAUAUAUCGAUGUGUGCCCGAUGCCACCCUCAUCUCUGAUUCACUGCUGGGCGCGCAAUAUCAUUUGCGCCUAUAGGUUAUUUAGUGUAGCCUCAAUCAAAUUCAUAGGCUAUAGGCUACGAAAUGCAUGCUCGGAGAAGCACAGAGUAAAGUUAGAUUUCUAAGAUAGCUGCUGGGAUGAUGUAAAUAAAACUAGGCUGCAUUACACACUGCAACGGAUAUUCCAAACCUGAGCCCCAGCCUGCUCUGCUCUUGCUGAUCAAAAACCUUUUUGUGUGCUGCUUAACCAAUGGCUGUGCUGUGUAGGGCUGCGGUGGCAGUUCAGGAGGAGAGUCAAAAGUUUAUUCCGAUUUUUUUGUUUGUCGAUUAGGCGUAGUCUAUGUUCUGCUCAGUUUGAGAAGGAUAGCGCGAAGAUGAGAAGGAGGACCGGAGAUCAACUUUGAUAGCUUGUUACUACUAUAAUUGAUUUGAUUUAAAACAAUAUGUUUCUUGCCCGUUUAUGUAUUUAUCAAGAGUUUUUGACUUCACAAUAAGCCAGAUUCAGGUAACUUACAUUGUGGCGCUGAAACUUGAAGCAGCAGCCGCGGCACCGUCAAUCUGAAAUGGACAGCUCAUGGUGCUGAAAGUAGGCACAUUCAAGUAGGCAUAACUCAUUUAAAGUCUUCAUUUUAAUUAGACUUUACUAACGAGGGCUUUGUGUUAGAGCCUAUUUAUUCCUAUUUAAGAAAUAAGAGGUAGGCCUACCUGUUUGACUGACGAAAUUAGGCUAUAGGCUGCUAUAUCCAUAGAUUUGUCGGUCAAUUCCUCCGCCCACCAUGCACUCUUUAAAUAGCCUUCCUCUGGGUCAGUGAAGGGCUGUUAAGUUACAACCAAGACACUAAUUGAGGUGGUAUGAGAGUGUCAUAGGCCUAUCUUUUUUUAUUAAAGAAAAUUGUAAAAAUCACACCCUUGUUAGCUUAAGAUUUUGAAGAAAAUGAAACUGAUCAGAUUUAUAUAUAGUGAUCUAUAACAGCGCUUUGGACGACCGAUGUUUUAUGCUAUAAACAAGCUUUAAAAUACCUGGGAAAGAUGUGACUGACGCAUAUGGGGGAUGUCAUUGUUUCCUUUCUUUGACGUUCAAAGGCUGACUUUGCGUGGGAAGUAAUUUAAUUCUGUCACUAUCAAUUGAUUUUAAGCUAUUCACUUUCUGUACAAUAGAAUACAUUUUAAACCAGACAGCUUUUAGGGAAACACUUGUGACCUCUUGUUGGGUUAAGCCAUGGACAAAGAGUAGCCAGCAGUUAAAGCUUACAUUUUUCUGCGUCGGUAGGCCUACUCUGUCUGGGGUGGCAAGGUUGGCCUAACUUUUGAAAGUACCAGGCUCCUAAUGACGUCUCGAUUUUAAUUAUUUGCAAACAAGACAUACUGAUUUUGCAUUGUAUACAUAUGAUAAGGUGAACACACAGGCCUCUUUCUGUCCAUUCUUAGCCUGUAAUUUCAGUAAUUUGUGUGGUAUUCAUAUUCUGAUAUGUGGAAUUAUGUAGAAUUGCAUGAAAUGUUUAUAAAAUACAAAUACGAUGCAAUUAUUUUACUAUAAAGGAGAUAUUUCCACCCCUACUCUUGGUCAAAUAUAUUUUACUGAAGGGAGGGCCAUCCAUUUUCAUUUCGGAGGGGUCACAUUUUUUCCAUGUAACCCUUAUUAUAAAUAACGUUAGCAAAGAGCAAUUUCUCAAGCAAGAAUUUAUCUAGAACUGUUUGUCACCAGGCAGGCCAAAACUCCAUCACACCAAAACGGGCAGAAAUUUCAGGCGGUCUUUUCAAAACUGCUCCUACACCAAAUGGACAUUAUCAGAAUUUUUUACAUUUCACAGUAUUAUUCCAACCUCAUACAGUGCCUUCAGAAAGUAUUCACAUCCCUUGACUUUUUCCACAUUUUUGUUGGUACAGCCUGAAUUUAAAAUUGAUUACGUUUAGAUUUAGUGACACUGAUCUACACACAAUACCCCACAAUGUCAAAUGUGAUUUUAUUUUUUUAUUUUUUUUACAAAUAACUGAAAUGUCUUGAGUCAGUAAGUAUUCAACCUUGUUAUGGCAAGCCUAAAUACGCUCAGGAGUAAAAAUGUGCUUAUGUUGCAUGGACUCAAUAAUAGUGGUUAACAUUACAUUUUUUAUGAUUACCUCAUCUCUUUACCCCACACACACAAUUAUCUGUAAGGUACCUCAGUCGAGUAGUGCAUUUGAAACACAGAUUCAGCCACAAAGACCGGGGAGGUUUUCCAAUGCCUUGCAAAGAAGGGCACCUAUUGGUAGAUGGGUAAAACAUUAAAUCAAAGCAGACACUGAAUAUCCGUUUGAGCAGGGUGAAGUUAUUAAUUACACUUUGGAUGGUGUAUCAACACACCCAGUCACUACAAAGAUACAGGCGUCCUUCCUAACUCAGUUGCCGGAGAGGAAGGAAACUGCUCAGGGAUUUUACAAUGAGGCCCAUGGUGACUUUAAAAACAGUUAGAGUUUAAUGGCUAUGAUAGGAGAACUGAGGAUGGAUCAACAACAUUGUAGUUACUCCACAAUACUAACCUAAUUGACAGUCUGUACAGAAUAAAAAAUAUUCCAAAACAUGCAUGCUGUUUGCAAUAAGGCACUAAAGUAAUACUGCAAAACAUAUGGCAAAGAAAUAAACUUUUUGUCCUGAAUAUAAAGCAUUAUGUUUGGGGCAAACACAACACAUCACUGAGGACCACUCUUCCUAUUUUCUAGCAUGGUGGUGGCUGCAUCAUGUUAUGGAUAUGCUCGUCAUCGGCAAGGACUUGGGAGAUUUCUUUGGGAUAAAAAAAAGAAACGUAAUGGAGCUAAACACAGGCAUAAUCCUAGAGAAAAACCUGCUUGUCUGCGUUCCAACAGACAGUGGGAGACACAUUCUCCUUUCAGCAGGACUAUGACCUAAAACACAAGGCCAAAUAUACAAUGGAGUUGCUUACCAAGACGACAUUGAAUGUUCUUGAGUAGCCUAGUUACAGUUUUGACUGAAAUCGGCUUAAAGAUCCAGGGCAAGACUUGAAAAUGGCUGUGUAGCAAUGAUCAACAACCAACUUGACAGGGCAAAUAUUGUACAAUCCAGUUGAGCAAAGCUCUUAGACUUACCCAAAAAGAUGCACAGCUGUAAUCGCUGCCAAAAGUGAUUCUAACAUGUGUUGACUCAGGGGGUUGAAUACUUAUCUAAUCAAGAUACUGUAUAUUAGUGUUUCAUUUUUCCUGAAUCUUAAAAAAAAUAUAUGAUUUUUAUUUUGUAAAAAAACUACUUUUUACAUCCAUUUUAAUCCCAAUUUGUAACACAACAAAAUGUGGAAAAAGUCAAUGGGUGUGACGGUAUUCUGUGUGUAAAACAAAUGAAAACCUUGCUUUUGACUGCACUGGGCUUUUAAGGGGAAAAGACUGCACUGUGCUGUCGGCUCUGUGCCAGCUUUACCUUCCUAAUAACUGCCUCUUCCCUGUUACCACCACGGCAGGAUGAUGAAGACCAUUACAAGGCUGCACAGGGCCAUGAUGGUGCUGGAGUACUUCACCAGCCACUCGUGGGUGUGGAAAACUGACAACGUCACCAUGCUCAUGAACCAGAUGGGCGCUGAUGACAAGAGGGUACACUUUAAAUCCACCCACCAGUCACACACACACAAACACACUUGUAGGACGCACAUAUACACACACUUCUAGGACACACACACAAACUUGUGUAGGGCACGCACACUGGUAGGGUGGCAGACAGACGAAUGGCGUAUGUUUGAGAUUGUAGCCGACGCACAAUUGAAUAAUUCAUCUUGGUUUUGAAUGGAGUAAUUGUGUUGGAUAGUCAGGGCCUGGCUGAAAUGUACAGUGAAUAUACGUUGGUCCAACAGAAACCUAGUGAUAACAUGUUUCAGAUUGUACUUUUGUAGACAUUUUUCCUCUACUACAAACUUGCUAUCCUUACAAUAUGAAAUGCUCUUGAUGUUCUUUUAAUCCAGACAUUCAACUUUGACGUGCGACAGCUGAACUGGGCAGAGUACAUGGAGAACUACUGCAUGGGGACAAAGAAGUAUGUCCUGAACGAGGCUGAGUCCGGCCUGCCAGCUGCACGCAAACACAUCAACAAGUAAGAUAAAUGUCUAUCUGCAUGUGUUUUUGUACAACAGAAUUACAGUGCCAAGGUUUAUUAACACAACCAACAAUACAUACAAAUCAUAACUCCAGAUACACACCCUGACUAGGGCUUAGAGGACACACACAAUGAAUUAGUAGCAGGGCAAUAAAUAAUACUAAGUAUCCUAGACUUAAGCCUUGCAUGUAAAACACUUCUAGGAGAAUCUCAUGCAAACUUCAGAUAAAGUACACUGAGGCCAGUUCAUUAGGUACACCACUCCAUUCACAAUUUUUUUUCAGCUCUUACAGACAUGAGUCACGUGGCCGUGGCUUGCUAUAUAAAGCAGGCAUCGAGGCAUUCAGUUACUGUUCGAUUGAACGUUAGAAUGGGCAAAAUGAGUGACCUAAGUAACUUUGAGCGUGGUAUGAUUGUCUGUGCCAGGCUUGAUCCAAGUUUACCUUAAAUGUCCCUUGCCCAGGCGAGGGAGAGUGAUGAUCGGAAAGGCAUCGUCCUUGGGUGAAAUCUUGAAAUUGAGCGUUUUAUAGGCUCCUCACUACGAGACUAAGCCAAUUUGCCAACGCUAAAAUCAAUGUAAUCUAUAGAGUCAUAAUUUUGUCUGAAAUGCUGAAAAUGCAGCCAUGUUGCUUAAAUUUGACACUUCGCAGCCACCAGAGUAUGACACGUGACUACAGUUUGCAUUGAAUUGUGGAUCAUAUCAACCCCACAAGUGAUCAAAGUUCUUCACUCGCUCCCUCAAGCUAAAUCGAGGGCCGAGGGGGCAACGUUAGUGAAUUGGACGUCCACUUAAAAUGGCAAUCAAACUGCAUCCGGUUUCGACUGGGAUUUCCCCCAAGGGAAAGUGGCUAGCGCGAGGGCUGAGGGGGUAAAAAUAAUGUGUUUGGACUGCAGCCCAAUUGAGCAACGUUUCCAUGCCCCAAAGAAUUCAGGCUGUUCUGGAGGCAAGGGGGGUCCGACCUGGUACUAGAUGGGUGUACCUAAUAAACUGACCACUGAGUGCACACUCAAGAUGAAACACUUUGAAAGAUGGUAACACAUUUGUGAUAAUUAGCAUGCAAAAGCACACACAUUAAUUCAUAAGGCUGUUCUAUAAUCAAAAUAGCCCCUCCAAAAGACAGCCAGCCCUGGAGGAAGUGGGGAAGUGGUGACAAAUAAGACAGAUAUUCAAAGACUUACAAGGACAAUUAGUCUGCCUGCCAAGACAACCCCAAAUCUUUUGCCUGAAUACCAGCUCAUUCGCUUAGGGUGGACUAGACCAAAACAUCAGACUCUUACCAUGGUUACUCAAUGGAUUUUCAGUCUGACCGAAGUCGCCCUAAAAAAGAUGCAAUAGUCUCUACAAGCCAAAAUGUUGAAUGCAAUAUUUACACUUACUGUACCGGUUGUACAUGCUGUGGGUCCUUUUGGCGGUAGGAGGUGGAGAUGGGGGAUCCACAGGAAAGUGUUGUUUACCCAACUUUUUGCGGCACCGGUAGGUUCUGUCGCUUGUAUUUUCAAACUCUUGACGCAUUGCACAAUAUGUAAACAAUAGCCGAAUGUAACCAAACGUAGUCGACCAAAGCACGUUUACUCGCAAUCAGCUGGAAGUGUUUGCCUUUCUGUCUGGUUCAGUUAGGCUCGGGCCAUAUUGUGCAAGUGUUUGUCAUGUGCGAAUUGCAUCAAUAUUGAAAAUACAAACCGGAAAUACAAACCGAUAUACAGACCAGCGUACUGAAGGUCGGGUUGAUAACACUUCCCUGUGGAUAUUUUGUAUCAGAUGACCUCUGACAUAGGGACAAAAUGGGCAGACAGUGGGUAAAUGAAGGGACUGUUCGGGAAUGCUGAGCCUACAUGUUAGACGUGUGUGUCAGUAUUUCAUGCUCGGAUUGUAAAAGAGGCUACUACCUACCUAAUGUAAGGGACACGAACUAAGGUUAAACCUAACACGAUAAGAGCAACGAAAGGAUUCUCCAACGCUCUCUUUAAAGUUGAUAAGCCAUACCCUUUCCCGGUCUGCACAACUAUGAAUAGGGCUUCAAUGCCGAGUCUCUCAGACGGCGUUGAGCGCUUCUCUAAAACAGCAUCGAACACGUCACCGACACGCAAAUCAUUGUCUUACAUGGCUGUUGUUUAGGUGAGUAAGCGGUAAAGCAUUCUGAGAGAAAGAAACAGAAGUUAGCCUACCCAAACGUUUGACAGAGUUUGACAAACACAGCCAACUGGGUGAACAGGGAUGUGCACCGUUCCCUGUCCUCCGAGGAAGAACCAAAGAUGCCUUGAGGAAGGUUCUGCUCAGGUAUUUGACAUUACUCACCUCAUACCACCCACUAGGUGCCACUGGCUACAAUAAGAACUAUCCUCUUAUUAAAAAUGCCCAAGUGAUCUUGAAUAAUUAAUUGUCAUGGCUUUGACAUGGUAUUUUUCUGUUCUAUGAUGCACACGUUUCUUUCUGUUUUUUGGGAUCACUAGCAAAUCCCAAUGUUUCCCUAGUAUCCUCUGCUCUAUAAUUAAUUGUUGCUCACAAAAUUCAAAGGGUAAAUCUCUAUUGCAUGUGACAUCAGGAAAAUGUAUCUUUUAAAGGGUUACUCCUAUUCCUGCUAAAUUGUAUUGCAGCAGAUACAUUUUCCUAGCGUAGUGGAUGUAUUUACUAAUCUCCUGAGAAUGCAGGUGAAUGCCUCUCUACAUGCAAGCUACCAUGAACACGUCAUUGUAUUUCUUCAGUUACCUCAAACUGAUCUCCAUGGCAACUAGGCCCUGUUCAUAUAAAAAAAAGAUGUAUGUCUGUCAUCCUUUUGUAUGUUUCAGGUUGAGGAACAUCCGCUACACGUUCAACACGGUCCUGGUCGUGUUCAUCUGGCGAGUGUUCAUCGCGCGGUCCCAGAUGGCCAGGAACAUCUGGUACUUUGUGGUCAGCCUCUGCUUCAAGUUCCUGUCCUAUUUCCAAGCGUCCAGCACCAUGAAAUGCUGAGGCCACGUGGUGUAGUCAACCUGACCCCGUCCAUCCACCCUCCUCAACCCAGCAACCCCAGUCUAGUCCGCCUUCUCUCCCUCCUGACCAGCCCCCCUUCAGAGACAGAAGCUAUGUAUCCGACAAGGCUUUGCAAAUCCUGGAACUAAUUUGAGUCACUUAA